CCGCGGAAGAGGGCCGGUGAGUGGCUGGAGCGGUGGGCACCAAACAGCGAGUGACGUCGUGUCGACGCCCCGCCCCUUCCUUGGAGCGCGGAGACUCGGGCUACGGGGGCUCCGGCCAAUCAGAGCGAAGGCCCGAGGAUGACAUGCUCCUUUCGUUGGAUGCUGUAAAACGGCCAUAGGGAGCAAAGUUUGAGGGAAAAGAGCCAAGGCUGGGGCAAGAUUGGCUUAAUGUUUAAGAAGCGCAAAGCUGGAGAGUUCGGUUAGAGGGUGGAAGCCUGGAUCAGGAAGUGAAAGAAAUUUGAGCCCACUGACUGUUACGUUCUUUCAACAGGUGAGGGCCUUCUGCUCAAGAUCCCCUCGGGCGCUGCGGAUGGAGGUUCGGGGAGCCUUAGAACCUCAUAGACUAGUUUUGAAUUCCAGCGCUGCCAGGGACUAGCCUGUGGCUUCCAGCCCAGGAUGGUUAGGUGACUUGUCCACGGGAGAAGGACAAGGGAGGCCUGAAAGGGAGGCCAGGCACACUGCCAAGAAGUGGACCCAGCCAUCCUUUCUGGUUGUUUCUGACACUAUCCUUGAACGACCUCCUCUUUCCUACCUGGGGCCUGACAAGAUGUACCAGGUCCCACUGACGCUGGACCGGGAUGGGACCCUAGUCCGCCUGCGCUUUACUGUGGUGGCUGUGAUCACAGUCUGCUGCCCACUUGUGGCCUUCUUCUUCUGCAUCCUGUGGUCCCUGCUCUUCCACUUCAAGGAGACAACGUCUACACACUGUGGGGUGCCCAAUUACCUGCCAUCAGUGAGCUCUGCCAUUGGUGGGGAGGUUCCCCAGCGUUACGUGUGGCGCUUCUGCAUUGGCCUGCACUCGGCACCCCGCUUCUUGGCGGCCUUCGCCUAUUGGAACCACUACCUCAGCUGUGCAUCCCCAUGUCCGGGUUACCGCCUUCUCUGCCGCCUCAACUUCGGUCUCAACGUGGUGGAGAACCUGGCUCUGCUCGUGCUCACCUACGUCUCCUCCUCCGAGGACUUCACCAUCCACGAAAAUGCUUUCAUUGUGUUUAUUGCGGCGUCCCUCGGUUACAUGCUCCUCACCUGCAUUCUCUGGCGGCUGACCAAGAAGCACACAGUAAGUCAGGAGGAUCGCAAGUCCUACAGCUGGAAACAGCGGCUCUUCAUCAUCAACUUCAUCUCCUUCUUCUCGGCGCUGGCUGUCUACUUCCGGCACAACAUGUACUGUGAGGCUGGAGUGUACACCAUCUUUGCCAUCCUGGAGUACACUGUUGUCCUAACCAACAUGGCGUUCCACAUGACGGCCUGGUGGGACUUUGGGAACAAGGAGCUGCUGAUAACCUCUCAGCCCGAGGAGAAGAGGUUCUAAACCUCUGAUGCUGGGAGGAGGCGGCCCACUGCCAGGAAACAAGACACCGCUCUGGCCUCCCUCUCCAUGUCCUCCUGGCCCUUCUCAAGCUGGGGACUGGGUGAGAAGAGCAGCAUGGGGUAUGACAAGGCUGACCCCAGCACUUCUGACUCCUCCCCAGCCCUUGCAGAGAUCUUCAGGAAGCAUCACCGUUAACUGAAAGGUCCUAAAAACUGGGCUGGCAGGAAAGCUCCACCACUUGGUGCUAAAGUCCCGAGGUCCAUGACCUUAUGUAGAGACUUCACUAGGGUUAGGAACCAGAGCGGUGGCUGGGAGCGGAGCCCACAGCCGUUUUUCUCUAGGUCCUUCAUUUGACUGGUGUCUGGUGAUCUACUGUGCCCACCCAGAGUGGCGGCAGGAGAAUCCUGCCCAGGUGUUCUGGAUGUACCCCCUUCCCCAUCAGCCCCCUGUGAUCCUGUGUGUGACUGGGAAGUAUGUUGUAUGAUUUCCAGGGGCUUUUGUCUUGGAGGUCACAAUGGAAGUAGUGCUCUGUACUUGACAGGUAACUUGUCCCAGAAAAAGCACCAAGCGUAGGAUGUGCUUUCCUUCCCACACAGAACCACUGGCUUUUUGACAUACUGGAGUAACUCCAGCACGUUGGAGGCUAAGAUGGGUGGACUGCUAAAGAUCCAUGCCGAUCUGGGUUACACAGGGAGACCUGGUCUCAAAAACGAAAUAGGAUUCCAGACAUCUUAAAGAUGCCUUUAAUCCCAGCUCAGCAGAGGCAGGCAAUUACCUGUGAGUUCCAGGCCAGCCAGGGCUAUAUAGCAAGACCUUGUCUCAGGAAAAAAAAAAAAAAAAUCAAAGAGCCCUAAAAUCACAGAUUUUUAAGACCUUCCCCUCCUUUGAUAAGAGGGAAGGGGGCAGAGGUAGAUUUCCCUACUCUAGAAUGGGUUCCCUGAUUUUCUUUCAUCUUCUCUACUGUCCCAGAUACCCAGCUUUUAUUUGUAUAUUUUAUUUCAAAGGACAAUAAAUUUUUUUUCUUUGCCAACA